AUGGGUCCCCUCUCGACGGCCUCUCUCUUCCUGUGCCUGUGUCUGGCGGGGCGAGCCCAGAGCCACGGUGGCAGCCUCCAGGACAACAUGAGGGAGUUGCACAACCGCUUCGCCGUCAGCCUCUACCAAACGCUCACCGAGACAGAGAACAACUCCAACCUGAUCGUGUCGCCGGUGAGCGUCUCACUGUCCUUGGGGCUGCUGCAGCUCGGAGCCCGGGGGAGUACGCUGGCUCAGCUGGAAGAGGCCCUCGGAUACAACAUGAAUGACGUGCAGGUGCAGCCCUUCCUGGUGCAUCUGCAGGGCAGCGUGGGUAACUCCAGCCAGGGCAUGUGGCUCCAGCAGGCCACGGCCCUGUUCAUCCAGAGUGGCGUCCAGCUGCUGUCAGAGUUCAAGCACCACGCCGAGGCCUGGGCCAACACCCGCCUGGUCCGUUCCAGCUUCAGCCAGCCCAACCAAACCCACAGCCCGCUGGGGUCGCCAAUCCCGGGGCGACUGGGACACCAACGCAGCACUGAUGAGACGUGGCCCAUCCAGUCUGGCGGCAGCAGCGGGGAGCUGUCGGGCUCUGGCGAAGCCCAGGGAGAGGCCCCGUGGUGGGGCCAGCGGCUACAGAUGGCCCUGGUCAACACGGUGGCCUUCCGGGGGAUCUGGCAGAAGCAGUUCCUCUUCACCAACACCCAGAACCUGCCCUUCACCCUCACGGACGGGAGCGCGGUCAAGGUGCCCAUGAUGUACCAGGCGACCGAGGUCAACUUUGGCCAGUUCCGCAGCGCGUCGGAGCAGCGGUACACGGUGGUGGAGCUGCCCUACCUGGGCAGGAGCCUCAGCCUGCUGCUGGCCCUGCCCAGCGACCGGAAGACUCCCCUGUCCUCGCUGGAGGCCCAGCUCAGCCCCCGCCAGGUGGCGUCCUGGGACACGGGCCUGCGGAGGACCAAGAUGGACGUCUUUUUACCCAAGUUCAAAAUGCAAAACAAAUUCAACCUGAGGUCAGUGCUUCCCUCCGUCGGUAUCAUCGACGCCUUCAGCCCGACCGCAGCAGACUUCACUGGCAUAUCAGUGGAGGAGGGUCUCUAUGUCACUGAAGCGUUUCACGAAGCGAGCAUAGAGGUCACAGAAGACGGCACGAAGGCAGCGGCUGCUACGGCGAUGGUGCUCCUGAAGCGAUCCCGUGCACCGGUCUUCAAGGCUGACCGGCCCUUUGUAUUUAUUCUUCGACAAGUAAACACAGGGUCCAUCUUGUUUAUGGGACGAGUGACGAAUCCAGCGGAGCAAGCACCGUGA